AUGGCCCCCUUCCAAACAAAAGACAGCCACGCCCACUGCCCUGAGCGGCCACCGAUACCCGUCACAUCCCCCAAAUCUGAGACAGCAGAAGUCGUGGGAGAGCGGUUUUCGCUCGCUUCAGUAUUUGCGUUAGCCUCUAAAGUUGCCACCGGAGCGACUCACGAGGCUGCCCUGGUAGGUGUGCUACUCGCCGCCUCGCCUGCUGGUUUCGUGGAGGACCCACAGAUCUUUCUCCAGCAAAGGCAAAUGAUCAACGAGCGCAGCGAUGGGGCGGCGUGGUGGAGGGCACGCCGAGUCGUGGCCGGGCCGCGCUAUGGGGCGUGGGUGUGUUACUUGACUCGACUGACCUGCCCUGGGGAUGGCAGUGCCGGCCAGAUCUGCUUCUUGGGCACCCUGUUCGACUCAGUCUCCGCGGGGUUCAAUGACAACACGCGAGACUUUGUGUUCAUCGCCCUGGUCGGCCUUUCAGAGGCCGACGUCUACACGCAAGGCGUGUCCACACUGACGGGCUACACGAACCGGUCGGAGGCAACCGUGAAUCUCGGCUUCCUUGCCACCAACGUCACCAGGAACAGCGCGCUGCGGGAUGGCUCGGACCUCGCUGUGCGGAGGAUGAACCUGGACGACAGCACCGAGCAGGACUGGCUGGUCUCCUGCAAUGCGGCCACAGUCUUGCUGCAGUCGCUCGACGAGCCGGCCUCCUUUUAUUCGCUGACGAUGACCGGGCUGAGCCCGUCCGGCUCGGCAGGGGCCGUCUGGGAUUUCGACGGCUUCAUCUACUGCGCGUACAACAACGGCGUGGACGGCGUCAUCGAGAUCUACUUGGAUGAAGUUGAUCUCGUGAACAAGACCGUGCCUGUCGUGCGGGCGUCGAACUCAGAAGCGCUGACGAACGAUGGCAACGACGGCCUGAACUGCAUCAACGCCCCCACGCCCUUCCCCACCACCACGACCACCACCACCACGCUGCCGCUGGUCCAGUGCUUUAACGAGCCUUUCGAUUGCACAGCUGCAGGCGGAUAUGUGGACUUGCCCCUGGUGAUGGCUGCUUCUCUAAUCCCGUCCGGUGGCGGUCGCUGCACUGAGUCGAGCCUGAAGAUUCUGAACGCCACCACUGGGGAGUACGAGCGCACCCUCUGCAAGUUCCCGAACCUUCCCGGGGACCAGUGCCUGAAUGCCUGCGGCAUCAACCCCGCGGACAGUUCCAUCUACUGCCUCUCAUCGCCCAGCAACCGUUUCCUUGCCCGGGUCACGUGCCCUCUGACGGGCAAUGACACCUUCACGCCCGAGGGCACCGUGUGCUGGCUGGGAAGCUUUGGCGUGCGGUUCUCGCGGGCGGGGGACUUCAACAUUCGCAACGACGAGUUCGUCUUCCAGUCCAACUCGAUUUUUGAGCUUCCAAACAUCACGGAGUUCACCGGCUACACGACGCAACCCGAUAUCGACCUUAGAGUCGGAACUUCGACGAUCAUGACCUCGGACGAGCGAGGCCAGCGCGUGAAUGUCGCGAACCUCUCGAGGUUAGUUGAAGUCAUCGCAGACCUUGCCUACCAAGGGUUCAAGGUUGUCCUUGUCUCUUCCGGAGCAGUUGGCAUGGGCUGCCGCGAGCUGGGGUUGAAGAAGAAGCCCACGACGCCGGCGCUGAAACGAGCAGUCGCUGGGGCCGGCCAAAGUCGCAUCAUGCGUGUGUACUCGGAGCUCUUCGAGACAGUGGGGCUGAAAAUUGCACAGCUCUUGGUGAGUCAGCGUGACUUUUUGGAGCAGCAGCGCUGGGCUGAAAUUCGAGACACGAUUGCAGCAUGUCUCGAAACUGGCGUGGUUCCAAUCAUCAAUGAGAACGACACCACCAACACGGACGGCAUGCGCUUUGGUGACAACGACAACCUGGCAGCCCUAACAGCGGUUCAGCUAGGGGCGGCUGGCGUUUUUCUGUUCACCGACGUGGACUACUUGUACACGGCCAACCCCAACUUGGAUCCAUCCGCGGAGCCUAUGAGGGUUGUCAACGAGGCCUUCGAACUCGACGUUGACACCCGCGAGCCUGGCUCUUCCCUGGGCACUGGCGGCAUGUCCACCAAGGAAGCUGCUGCCCGGACGGCCCACUGUGCGGGGAUCCCUUGCGGCAUCCUGCAUGGCAAGUACCCGGAACGCAUCUUCAGUUUCCUGAACAAACUGGAUGAGGAUGCCGGCUCUACGUGCACCGCCCGGACCUCUCCGAAGGCAGUGGAGAGCGACACCGCAAGUGAGGCGGAGCCCGAACCAGAAGGUACUCUCUUUGCAGCGCGCGAGGGUGAGCAGAGAACUGAAGCUGAAAGGUGGAUACUCAGCCUGCCUGUCGUUGGAGAUGUCGAUGUUCGCCCACCCGACAACCUGGAAAACUUGAGCCCGUGCGAUCUUCGGGCGACGCUCUUGGCUACUGCUGCCGAAAGCUUGGAGGGCCUUCAGAGCCUCUCUGGCACAGCCCAUGAUGGAGGUGUGAGGGUUUUCCACCAGAAGUCGGAAGUUGCACGGAUGCGUGUGAUCCUGGAUGAGGAAGGGGCUUGCGUACCAGCCCCAGAGCCAGAACAGACCAUUGUGCUCACCCCUGCCGCAGAGUCCCUCUGCUGA